AUGAUGUCCUCUCCAAUUAUUGGUAUCGCAAUUGGUAAUACAACCUCUUCUAUCGCUUACAUUAACCCUAAGAAGGAUGUUGAUGUUAUUGCUAACCAAGAUGGUGAACGUUCUAUCCCCUCAUGUCUUUCAUAUGUUGGUAACGAUGAGUACCACGGUGGCCAAGCAUUGCAACAGUUGAUAAGAAACCCAACUAACACCAUUGUGAACUUCCGUGACUUCAUUGGAUUGUCAUACAGUGAAUGUGAUGUUUCGAGAUGCACUAUCGGUGCUCCAGUUGUUGAAAUUGAUGGCAAGGCUGGAUUCGUUAUUUCCAGAGGUCAAGGCAAGGAAGAGAGAAUUACUGUCGAUGAAGUUGUUUUCAGACAUUUGAAGAACUUGAAGGAGGCUGCUGAGGAUUACAUUGGUCAAAAGGUUGAACAAACUGUUCUUACAGUUCCUACCAAUUUCUCUGAGGUACAAAAGAACGCUUUGAAGGAAGCUGCAUCUAAGGCAGGUUUGGAAAUUAUCCAGUUUAUCAACGAGCCAUCUGCCGCUCUUCUAGCGCACAUUGAGCAGUUCCCAUUUGACAAGGACGUAAAUGUUGUUGUUGCUGACUUUGGAGCUGUUCGCUCUGAUGCCGCAGUAAUUGCUGUUCGUAACGGUAUCUACACUUUAUUAUCUACCGUGCACGACCCUAAGUUGGGUGGUAACCUCUUGGAUGAUGAAUUGAUUGAGUUUUUCGCCAAGGAUUUCGAGAGCAAGUACAAGGCUAACCCAAGAAAGAAUGCUAAGUCUAUGGCAAAGUUGAGAGCUAAUGCUCAGUUGACCAAGAAAACGCUCUCCAAUGCUACCUCAGCUACUAUCUCCAUCGAUUCUCUUGCCGAUGGCUACGACUACCACACCUCUAUCAACAGAAUGAGAUACGAGUUGGUUGUUGGGAAAAUUCUUUCAAAAUUCUCCCAAUUCAUCGAGCAGGUCAUCGAAAAGGCUAAUAUGACAGUCUUCGACGUUGAUGCGGUGUUGUUGGUUGGUGGUGUUUCUUUCACUCCAAAAUUGACUUCUAAUUUGGAGUUUUUAUUCCCGGAAUCUGUCGAGAUCCUAGGCCCUCAACACAAGCAAACCUCCAACAAUCCAAACGAGUUAACUGCUUCUGGUGCCGCUCUACAGGCACAAUUGCUCUCUAACUACGACGCCGAGGAAAUAGCACAGGCCUUGCAACCAAUAGUCAUCAAUACCCAGCACAUUUCCAAGAACAUCGGUCUGUUGGACGCUGAGGGCAAGUUUGUUCCUAUCUUGCUUGCUGAAACCUCUUACCCAGUCAAAAGAACGGUCACUCUUGAAAAUGCUACUGGUGAUCUAUUGCUAGGUGUUUACGAGGGUGUUAGUCACAUCAAGGAAACCGUCAUUGAACCUACUCCAAAGGAAGAGGGAGAGGGUGAUGACAAUGAAUCUGACUGGAGCGACGAGGACGACGAACCAGAAGUCAUUAAGGAAAAGGAAUAUGUCCCAGAAACCAAAUUAAUGGAGCUUGGCAUCAAGAACGUCCAAGGUUUGGAAGUUUCGUUUGACAUUAACAGAGAGGGCGCCCUAACUGUAGUUGCCAGAAGUUUAAAGUCCGGCGAAGUUGUUAAGGGAACCUUGUAA